AUGCUUUUCGGAGUCCAAAGGUCAGAGGUCAAGGUCACAUCUUUGACAAAUGUACCAUCAAGUGUUGACACCUUGCUCGAGGGUGGCCUAAUCAUGAGAGUAAUAUUCUCUGCAAAUAUUGUAAAAUUUGUCGUUAAUUCACGACGGAGGAAGACCACGACGGAGGAAGACCACGACGGAGGAAGACCACGACGGAGGAAGACCACGACGGAGGAAGACCACGACGGAGGAAGACCACGACGGAAGAAGAUCACGACGGAGGAAGACCACGACGGAAGAAGACCACCACGGAGGAAGACCACGACGGAAGAAGACCACGACGGAGGAAGACCACAACGGAAGAAGACCACGACGGAGGAAGACUACGACGGAAGAAGACCACCACGGAGGAAGACCACGACGGAGGAAGACCACGACGGAAGAAGACCACGAGGAAGACCACGACGGAAGAAGACCACCACGGAGGAAGACCACGACGGAAGACCACGACGGAGGAAGACCACAACGAAGAAGACCACGACGGAGGAAGACCACGACGGAAGAAGACCACCACGGAGGAAGACCACGACGGAGGAAGACCACUACGGAGGACGGAGGAAAACCACGACGGAGGAAGACCACAACGGAAGAAGACCACGACGGAGGAAGACCACGACGGAGGAAAACCACGACGGAGGAAGACCGACGACGGAAGACCACUACGGAGGAAGACCACCACGGAGGAAGACCACGACGGAGGAAGACCACACGGAGGAAGACUACGACGGAAGACCACGACGGAGGAAGACCACAACGGAGGAAACCACGACGGAGGAAGACCACAACGGAAGAAGACCACGACGAGGAAGACCACGACGGAGGAAGACCACGACGCGGAAGAAGACCACGACGGAGGAAGACUACGACGGAGGAAGACCACGACGGAGGAAGACCACGACGGAGGAAGACCACGACGGAGGAAGACCACGACGGAGGAAGACCACCACGGAGGAAGACCACCACGGAAGAAGACCACCACGGAGGAAGACCACGACGAAGGAAGACCACCACGGAGGAAGACCACGACGGAGGAAGACCACAACAGCAUCACUAAACACAGAAUAA